GUUUGUGUCUAUGUUUGACUCAGAUUUUCACAGCCUUUACAGUAAGCAGUGAUUUCAUAGCUUCCUGGAAGUGUCUCGUUAUAGGAGAGGCGUUAGCUUUUGUUCCUGUGUUAUCAGAAGUUUUGUGUCUCACCAGUAGCAGGCUCACAUACAGCAUGUGAUCCAGAGCUGUGAGGGAAAUUGUCCCCACUCCUCAGAUCCUUUGUUGAUGUAGAGCCCGAAGGCUUCGUUCUGGCGUUCUGAAGGUGCUUGCUAUUGUGGUGGACAUCAGCUAUUCAUCUUAACCUGCAUUUACAAGUGUGUCUCUGCACAUCAUCAUCCAUUAAAGCCUCGAGUCAGUAUUUUGUUUUCUUACUUUAAUUAUUUGACUGUGUCUGGUAAUACAAUGCAAAACACAGACAAAUAUUCUCCCUGUAACCAUACAGAUUAAUCCCAAAUCACUAAAUGUAGGAAAUCUUUCCCCUGAAAAUAGAAGAAAGGCACUUUCUCACUCACAGACCCAAGUUCAUAGCAUGUGUGAUUCAGUGUCUCAGUUGAAUCUCUUAGAGCAGCAUCUUGGCUGUUACUGAGUUUGUUUCAUGACUGAUUUUCUGCAUCUGGUUUUGCUGGAGAGUUCAGGCUGUUUGUGCAGGGCUUCAAUACUAAGACUUUUUAAGCUGGCCUGAAAUCUGGAGGAAAUUAUCUGUCCCAUACCCCUACCUGUCAAAACUUUCUCAUAGGACUUCAGAUAUUACUCCUCUGUAGGUAGGACUGGGUAUGCAGCUGAUCCUCUCUGUGGGUUUGAGCUGAGGAGGAACCAUGAGCACCUUCUGCUUCUUUGCUUAUGCAGGGAGCAACGCCAGGAUGCUUCUGUGGGUAAAUCUUUGUGCUCUGUGCCUUUCCUCCUGGUCCUUCAGUUGCUGUGCUUCAACAGAAGCCCUUAAGUAUAAUAUCUCUGGAUAUUAUCUGGAUGUUUGAGGGUUUCAGUCACAGGUUUUCCUUUUUAUCAAUGUAUUAAUGAGAAAGACAUCUUUGGUCAUUCAGUGAACUUUACAAAUCAUGAGUGUUUUCAGUGCCGUCAUGUAAGUGGAAAAAAAAUUACUCAGAGUUUUUGGAUGAUUCGCCAGACAUUCCCAAAGGACAUUUGCUGCACAUGAUGUCGAUGUGCAUCAGAAAACGGAACUGCCUGUCAGUGUUUGUGGCCUCACUGAAUGCUGCUUGAUAAUGGCUUGGUUAACUUGGGUCUCUGGGGACUGAGCUAACUAACAUCCGUUGCCAGUAUUAUACUUAACUUGCGUGCUUUCAUUUCAUGCAGCUUUGUCACACUGCUAGAAUGGUGGGGAAGAAUUAGGAUAGAAUAAAGUGACUUAAGAAAGUCAGCCAAAAUUAAGGGGAGUUUUGAUGAGGGAUUUUUUUUUCUUCAUGAUGUUUCAUUGCUUUCUCUCAAUUUGUGUCUUCUUUGGUCUUCACAAAAGGAUGAUUAUUUUUCACUCUGAAAAGCUCAAGAUGUCCAGCAGGCAGUAGGAGCACAGACUGGAGCUGGAAGGAUUGUGUGCAGGAAAUGACAUUGCCAGACCUACAGAGCAGUCAGUAAGGUGCUUCACAACUUGCAGCUGGUUUGGUUACAGCAGAAUUAGUAAAAAUGGAAUGAAUCCACAGCUGGUUCUUAUUUGGGGGCACACAGUCUCAAGGCCGUGGGAUUUGUCUGCAGACCUGCAUGUGAAGAGAUGGUGUCUCUUACUUCCCAAAUGAACAGGGCUUGGGUACUUGAAAUGCACUGAUGCCUACACUGUGUUUCUUCCUACGCAAGAAGGGAUUUGUACAUACAGCACUAUGUCAAGGAAAAGAAAGCUGUUGGCUCAAUUAAGCGCCCUCCAAAGCAACUCCAGCAUCCCUCUUUCUGAUGCCUUGAAGAGCCCCACCACGACUCCUGAUGGCAACUCUUCUCCAACAAGCAGCAAAUAUUUUGUAACAGAGAAAAAACAAUCUUCCCAACUGGAAGCAGAUUUCUUCAACCAGCCCUGUAUCAGCCUGGCCAAAUCCUUCCUGGGACAGAUUCUAGUUCGCAAACUUCCCGACGGCAGGGAGCUCUGGGGGAGGAUUGUUGAAACAGAAGCUUAUCUUGGUGGGGAAGAUGAGGCUUCUCACUCAAAAGGUGGGAAGCAAACUCAACGGAACGCAGCCAUGUUCAUGAAACCAGGCACUCUGUACGUGUACCAGAUCUAUGGGAUUUAUUUCUGCGUGAACGUUUCCAGCCAAGGGGAAGGGGCUGCAGUCUUACUCCGCUCUCUGGAGCCUCUCCAGGGUUUGGAUGUGAUGAGGGAGCUGCGCAGCACUUCAAGGAAAGGACCUGCAAAGCCACUGAAGGACUGGCAGCUGUGUAAUGGGCCCUCCAAGCUCUGCCAAGCAUUUGGGAUUGAUAAGGCUUUUGACCAAAGGGACCUGACUCAAGACGCGGCAAUCUGGAUGGUACCUGGACAGGAGCUGCCCAGGGAGCAGGACGUGGUAGCCACAACCAGGAUUGGUAUUGGGAACAGAGGGGAAUGGUCACAGAAACCUCUCAGGUUUUAUUUAAGAGGAAACAAAUUUGUGAGUGUUGUAGACAAGAAAAUGGAGCGAGAGAUGGCAGCAAUGGAACCCAUCUCUUGCAGCUGAUGAAUCUUGCAAGUGUGCCACCAACCAGGACUUGAGCUGUGUGCUCUUUUGGAGAGCCUCAAGCCGUGUUGGGGCAGCAGCAAGGGCAGCUUGGAGGUUUUUAACAAUAAACAUAACUUUAUUGCA